GGAAAAUGUCUGUUGGUCGUGUUUUAAUCUACGGUGGUAGGGGGGCACUGGGGGCAGCAUGUGUAUCUCAUUUCAAGAGUCACAAUUAUUGGGUUGGAAGUAUAGAUUUAAGUGAAAAUGAUCAGGCCGAUGUCAGCAUUGUGGUGCCAAGAGACGGCUCAUGGACUGACCAAGAGCAACACGUUCUCAGUAAAGUAGGGGAUGUACUGCAAGAAAAUAAAUUGGAUGCUGUGAUUUGUGUUGCUGGAGGAUGGGCUGGGGGAAAUGCAAAAAAAGAUUUGGCCAAAAAUGCGGACUUAAUGUGGCGUCAAAGUGUGUGGACUUCAACUAUUUCGGCUGCCGUUGCUUCACAUUAUCUUAAGGAUGGAGGAGUAUUGGCCUUGACUGGCGCCAAGCCGGCAUUGGAUGGCACACCUGGUAUGAUCGGAUAUGGCAUGGCCAAAGCUGCUGUUCAUCAACUAACACGUUCUUUGGCUGGCAAAGAUUCUGGUUUACCAAAUGAUGCACUAGUUGUAUCGAUAUUGCCUGUUACCCUUGACACUCCAAUGAACCGUAAAUGGAUGCCUAAAGCUGAUUUCAGUACCUGGACACCAUUGUCUGAAGUGGCUGGUCUAUUCCUGAAGUGGACCAAAGGUGUAGAACGUCCUAAAUCUGGAUCUUUGUUGCAGCUCAUUACAAAAGAUUCCGUAACUCAAUUGGUAGAAAGUGUAUAAAAAGUCAUGAUA